AUGGCUUUGCCGGGGCCGCCGGCCGGCCCGCGGACCGGCUCGCACGAGCAGCCGCCCUCCGCCCCACGAGACCCCAGCGGCCGCGGACGCGUCGGACCGAUCCGAGUCCCUCAGGGCCUCCCAAGCUCCAAGGCCGCCGUCCUCUUGCUGGAGUGUGGAGACGAGGCUCGGUCCAUGAAGAGACGAGGUAGCAGUUCCCUCGAGGCCUCGGUCGCCAAACGGCACCGAGCGGUCAGAGAGCGUCUUGCAGGACAGACGCGCGCACAGAAGAUGAUGAAGCGGCUGGGGCAGAGUCCACGGACGGGCACCAGCCAUAAACCAGCCGAAGGUGGACCGGUUUCCCAGACACCAGGGCCGGCUGACCCUCGGAGCGGAGAAGUCUUGGGACAUUCCUACUCGGAGACCUGCUGGGGAACGCAGAGGGGUCCCAGCUCGCACGAGCUGGCCACAGGGCCAGUGCCGGAUGACAGUGCCAGGAUGGAGAACGCCAUGAAGGAAAAGGCGGAGCAGAUCCUGGCAGAGUUCCGGCUGCAGGAGGAGGACUUGAAGAAGGUGAUGAGGCGGAUGCAGAAGGAGAUGGCCCGAGGCCUGCGGCUGGAGACUCAUGAGGAGGCCAGUGUGAAGAUGUUGCCCACCUACGUGCGUUCCACCCCUGAAGGCUCAGAAGUCGGGGACUUCCUGUCGCUGGACCUGGGCGGCACCAACUUCAGGGUGAUGCUGGUGAAGGUGGGCGAGGGCGAGGAGGGCCAGUGGAGCGUGAAGACCAAGCACCAGAUGUACUGUAUCCCGGAGGAUGCCAUGACGGGCACGGCUGAGAUGCUCUUUGACUACGUCUCCGAAUGCAUCUCUGACUUCCUGGACAAGCACCAGAUGAAGCACAAGAAGCUGCCCUUGGGUUUCACAUUCUCCUUUCCCGUGAGGCAUGAAGACAUUGACAAGGGUAUCCUGCUCAACUGGACCAAGGGCUUCAAGGCCUCAGGAGCAGAAGGGAACAACGUCGUGGGGCUCCUACGAGACGCCAUCAAGCGGAGGGGGGACUUUGAAAUGGACGUGGUAGCGAUGGUGAACGACACGGUGGCCACAAUGAUCUCCUGCUACUAUGAAGACCGCCAGUGUGAGGUUGGCAUGAUUGUGGGGACCGGCUGCAACGCCUGCUACAUGGAGGAAAUGCACAACGUGGAGCUGGUGGAAGGGGACGAGGGCCGCAUGUGCGUCAACACCGAGUGGGGCGCCUUCGGGGACGCUGGCGAGCUGGACGAGUUCCUGCUGGAGUACGACCGCGCGGUAGACGAGAGCUCCCUGAACCCCGGCCAGCAGCUGUACGAGAAGCUCAUCGGCGGCAAGUACAUGGGUGAGCUGGUGCGGCUGGUGCUGCUGAAGCUGGUGGACGAGAACCUGCUGUUCCACGGGGAGGCCUCGGAGCAGCUGCGCACGCCCGGAGCCUUCGAGACGCGCUUCGUGUCACAGGUGGAGAGUGACUCAGGCGACCGCAAGCAGAUCUACAACAUCCUGCGCACGUUGGGGCUGAGGCCUUCGGCCACCGACUGCGACAUUGUGCGCCGAGCCUGCGAGAGUGUGUCCACGCGUGCCGCGCACAUGUGUGCCGCAGGGCUGGCGGGCGUCAUCAACCGCAUGCGUGAGAGCCGCAGCGAGGAUGUGAUGCGCAUCACCGUGGGUGUGGACGGCUCAGUGUACAAGCUGCACCCCAGCUUCAAGGAGCGGUUCCACGCCAGCGUGCGCAGGCUGACACCCAGCUGCGAGAUCACCUUCAUCCAGUCGGAGGAUGGCAGCGGCCGGGGCGCAGCUCUGGUCUCUGCUGUGGCUUGUAAGAAGGCCUGCAUGUUGGCCCAGUGACAACCGCAGGGGCCGCAAGGAGGAGGUUGUGGUGUAGCUGGACCCGGGAACCAGGGCACAGCCCUCCCUGCACCUGCAGGGAGCCUGGUCCGCCUCCCACCCCCACUGCCACAGCCACUUGAAUAACGUGAUAACCGGAUACAGGAAAGGCCCGAGGGUGAAGGCCUGCAGAGAAGGCUCGAGCCCCAGGCAGGCCAGUGCUUCCUGAGUCUGUGAUGGGAUGGCCCUAGGACCCUAACUGGACUGGGGGGUUGCAGGAGCAGGAAUAGAGACCCCAAGUCUUUGUUGUUCUGCUGGAAUCAGCCACCAGAGGGAACUGGUUUGCUCAGGACCUUGUUGCAAACCUGCGCUGCUAUUUCUGGGAGCUUUCAGCUUGAUUUGGCCAUGCCCAGGCCCCGUUCUGGGGAGUGGGUUUCCUCUGGACCCUGCUGGGGCCUGGUGUCCCUGGAAACGCAGCCCGCAUGGGGAGGCAGCCCCAGGGACCUGGCCUGGCCUAGGCCUGGGCUCCACAGGGGGGCCGGGGCUGCCCACUGCCCAGGCCCGGCCAGUGGUUUUUGGCCUGGGCAAGGGGAGAGAUGUGGGAAGGGACCAGUUCCAGCAUGGAGGCUGCGGUACCCAGAGGCCUGAGGAUGGCACCCCCUUCCCUCCCAGGCUGCCAUCCCUGAGUGCUCUGUGGUUCUAGGAUGGAUCUUCACAGGAGGAACAAGAGAAGGGGCCUCCCAAGCCCCCAAAGUCUGGUCCAGGGAGAGGAGGACAUCCCCACAGGGCUGCCACACAGGGGCGGCACUUGGCCCUGCCCCUCUUCUCACCAGGCCUCCAGGAGCCACAUGGGCCUCUUCAUGCCCAGCCUGGGACUGUGUGGUUUUUUAAAUUAAAAGUUUAAAAGGUUAGAGCAUGGCCCGGGCCCUGUUCUUUGACCUCCGUGCAUCAGGACUGGGGGGCAGUGUGCAGACACCCCCCCAUUCCCACAGGCACUUA